AUGGUUCUUCAGUUUCUAUCUCAUGCUGCAUCUCUCAUUGUCGGAGCUCUUUAUCCAGCAUUUAAAACAUUCAAAGUUAUUCGUGAUGGCGAGUAUUCUCAAAUGAAUCGGUGGUUAAAAUAUUGGACGGUCUAUGCAGGUUUUCUUGCUGCUGAUGCUAUCGGGGAUGCUUUGUUGUUACCAUACAUUGUUCCUGGUUACUUAGCUAUGAAAAUGGGUUUUUUGCUCUGGACAGCUUCUCCUUAUACAGAUGGUGCUUCACUUAUUCAUCAAAAACUAGUUGCUCCGGUGUUGACUCUCUAUGAGCAGGAUAUCGACGAAAUGCUUGACAAUAUGAAACUUUUAGUGCAGCGUCAAAUUACAAAAUUAGGAAGUGGUGUAUUGGACAAGUUAGUAUUUGUAGAUAUUUUUCUCAAAUACUUAGUAAGUGUUAGACAGAAAUGUUUUUACAGAGUACGCAUAGGCUUAUUGCCACUCGUAACUGUUGAUAGAGGAGCAAUUAAUCAAAAGUUUUUAACAAAUCAGAAAGCUUCAGUCACGGUUGUAGUGGAAGAACAAGAAGAGGAAGAAGAUAUAAUACUUGUAAAUGGUCAUAAUGGAAAUAUUACAGCUGAACCGGAACAGAUUGAAAGCAUAAAUUUUAUAGGCGGUGACCAGUUUGCAAACGAUGAUGUAGUAUUGAGUAAUGCCAACGUUGUAAAGAACAAGCAGAGAAAAGUGAGCAAAACAAAAAAAUCAGAAGGAGAUUCAAAAGAAGCGUCACAUCGCAAUAGACGUGUAAGAAAAAAUCGCAGCAUUUCUCGGACACGAUAGUU